AUGGUAAAUAGAGAGAACAUUGACAUUCUUACCGUACAUUCAAAUAGCACCAUUCUCUAUCGUCAACGUUACCUCCGGAAAGCAGCAGAUUACAAGUACACGUCACGUGAACAGUCUAUACUAUUUGCAGCUAUUGCAGUUGGUGCAUUACUUGCCAUUCUUCCAGUAACUUUCAGCAUUCAGCAUUACGGAACAAGGAAAACAUUCGCAAUUGUUAUGAUAAUUUCCGGAAUAUCGACGGCAUUAUGUCCUUUAGCUGCUUCCUUUGGUAUUAUCUUCUUAACUAUCAUUCGAAUUUUACAAGGUAUUGGAUUUGGAUCAUGUAUGCCAUUUAUUGGUUCAGUAAUAUCAACAUGGGCAAAACAUUCUGAAAAUGGAUUAUUUACUGGAGCAUUAACAAGUUUCAUUCAGCUUGGCCCAGUAAUAACAAUGCCAAUGUCUGGAUUUUUAUGUUCAACAAGCCUAGGAUGGCCAUCAGUUUUUCAUGUUCAUGCAAUAAUAACGCUGAUUUUUCUUGUGAUAUGGUGGAUUUUAUACAGAGAUCAACCAUGUGAUGUUCGUUGGAUUUCCGCUUAUGAGUUAAAUUUGAUAAAUGAUGGAAGAACUGAUAAUAAAGUAAAACGAUGCGAUGAAAAGCUACCAAUUCGAGAAAUUUUUCAAACAUCAUCAGUUUGGGCUAUUUGGAUUGCAGCUAUCGGUAAUAUGUACAGUAUUCAAAUGGUUGUUAUUUUUGCGCCAACUUAUAUCAGUCAAGUUCUCGGUUUACCAAUUGUAAGCGUUGGUUUAACUGCAGCAUUGCCGACAUUGUUGCAGUUUGCAGUUAAAUUGUUAGCUGGUACUGCAAGUGAUAAAAUUACAAUAUUUAGUGAAACUAUUAAGGUUUGCAUAUUUAAUACCGUAGCAUUCCUCGGUAUGGGUAUUUUUCUUAUUGCUCUAGCAUAUACACCAGCAAAUCAAACAACUAUAGCACUCAUUUUCUUAAUUAGUUCAACAACAAUUCUCGGCUUCAAUACGGGUGGUUUCUUUAAAAGUUGCACAUUGGUUGGUCGACAGUACAGCUAUUUUGUUAAUUCUAUCGUACAGGUGGUGAUGUGCAUAGCGAUGCUUACAGUACCAUUUAUUGUGACCUCAUUAACACCAAAUGGCCUAUCUGAGGAAUGGUAUUAUGUAUUCAUUCUUCAUGCCAGUUUCCUAUUUAUCACAAAUAUAGUAUUUUGCAAAUUUGGAAAAGGCAUUGCGGCCGCAUUUACAUGUUCUAAAGAAAUAUCAAUUGAUAGUACCACUGGUGAUAAACAGUUGAAACCAGUGUUUUUAUAG